AUGCUGAAGAACAACGGCAGCCACGAGAGAGAUGUUCAGCAAAGAUGCGCUAAGGCCACUUCUGCAUUUAACUCCUUAACGAAAUGUCUGUGGUCGACCCCCAUCACCAACGUAGUCAAACUGCGAGUCUACCUAUCCGCAAUUCGCCCCAUCAUGAUGUACGGAUCGGAGACUUGGGCAGCACCAUCAACGGUUAUGGAGAGGCUUGACUGCACGGAACGAAAGCUGCUUAGACGGCUACUUGGCUACUUUUGGCCUAGGGUAUGCCACAAUGAAGACCUUUACGCAGAAAUUGAUGUGGUUUACCGGCGGAUGACACGUGGAAGAUAUCAACAUCUUGCACCGCCUUCGAAAGCGGCAAAGUAA